AUGCCGCCACCGGCCUCUUCAGUAGAUUUCUCAAAUCUGCUGAACCCUCAAAGCAAUUCUACUGAUUCUACCCCUUCCACCCCUGUGGACAGCUCCAAGACUCCUUCUACUCCGUCCAGCACACAGUCGAACUCCAACAUGGCGUCGUCAGUCAGCCUACUUCCGCCGCUUAUGAAGGGUGCCCGGCCUGCGACCGAAGAAGUGCGUCAGGAUCUUCCCCGCCCUUACAAGUGCCCCCUCUGCGAUCGCGCGUUUCACCGUCUGGAGCACCAGACAAGGCAUAUUCGCACGCAUACGGGUGAAAAGCCGCACGCCUGCCAAUUCCCCGGCUGCACCAAGCGCUUCAGUCGUUCUGAUGAGCUUACGCGCCACUCGCGAAUCCACAACAACCCUAAUUCGAGGCGCAGCAACAAGGCUCAGCAUCUGGCCGCGGCCGCUGCAGCUGCUGCAGGGCAGGACAACGCCAUGGCCAACACCGCCAGCGCUAUGAUGCCUCCUCCCAGCAAGCCAAUGACCCGGUCGGCCCCCGUGUCGCAGGUCGGCUCCCCCGACGUUUCUCCCCCUCACUCCUUCUCCAACUACGCCAGUCACAUGCGGUCGAACUUGGGCCCGUAUGCUCGCAAUAGCGAACGGGCAUCGUCGGGCAUGGACAUUAACCUCCUGGCGACGGCUGCGUCGCAGGUGGAACGCGACGAACACUUCAGCUUCCAUGCAGGGCCACGCAAUCACCAUCUGUUCAGCUCGCGCCACCACGGAAGUGGCCGUCUGCCCUCUUUGUCUGCUUACGCGAUCACACACAACAUGAGCCGGUCGCAUUCACAUGAAGACGACGACGGCUACUCGCACCGUGUGAAACGUUCAAGACCUAACUCUCCCAACUCGACUGCUCCUUCCUCUCCCACCUUCUCCCACGACUCCCUCUCACCCACUCCCGAUCACACUCCCUUGGCGACUCCCGCUCACUCGCCGCGCUUGAGACCCCUGGGCUCCAGCGAUCUGCAUUUGCCGUCUAUCCGUCAUCUGUCGCUCCACCACACACCAGCUCUUGCUCCGAUGGAACCACAACCGGAAGGGCCCAACUACUACAGUCCUUCCCAGGGUCACCAUGGUCCUAGUAUCUCGGACAUCAUGUCUAAACCGGACGGAACACAGCGCAAGCUGCCAGUCCCUCAGGUGCCGAAAGUCGCCGUUCAGGAUAUGUUGAAUCCUAGUAGUGGAUUCUCGUCGGUCACUUCGUCGACCGCGAAUUCCGUUGCCGGUGGUGACCUGGCCGAACGUUUCUAA